CCCACGUCGCGCGUUUUCCGGUCAGGUUUCACAGUGACUUUGAACACGUUAAUAUGUAGUUUACUUCACUCGGCCGUUUGUCUGUGAACGGUUAACCGUCGGCGGUUUGGCGGCACCAUGGCAGCGUGGCGCAGGUUGCCCGUGAAACUUUGGGCGGUUCGUGGAUCGCUUAGCUCCACGCCACUCACACAGGGUCACUCGUGCGUUUGUGGACAUUUAUGUCUGAGUACAGGGAUUCCUCGACGAAGUGACUUCUUCAAAGAACUGGAGGAGCAUUUGGAAGCUAUGAGGAAGAAGGCAACGCUCGCUUUGCCAGGCAGCGACUGGUGUCCCAUUGAGAUCAACAAGAACCUUCCUCCAGAGAGGGCUGACAUUGUGAUCAUUGGAGGGGGUGUGGUGGGCUGGUCCAUCGCCUACUGGCUGAAGAAGAAGGAGCAGGUGCGAGAUGGCGUGCGGGUUGUUGUUGUGGAGAAAGACCCAAUGUAUGCCCGGUCGUCCACGGUUCUGUCUGCCGGGGGGAUACGGCAGCAGUUCUCCCUGCCUGAGAACAUCUACCUGUCCCUCAUCUCUGCUGACUUCAUGAAGAACAUCAAUGAACACCUUGGGGUACCGAAUGAAGACCCGGUGGACCUGCAGUUCAACCAUUCCGGCUACCUGUUCCUGGCCAGUCAAGAUGUGGCUCACAUCAUGGAGGAAAACCACAAGAUCCAAAGGGAGGCUGGAGCCAAAGUGUCGCUUUUGUCUCCAACACAGCUAAAGGAGAAGUUUCCCUGGAUAAACACAGACGGCGUCGUGCUUGCGUCACACGGUUUAGAGAACGAGGGCUGGUUUGACCCCUGGACCCUGCUGAACGCCUUUAGGAGGAAAGCCGUGUCCAUGGGAGCCAUUCCGUGUUUUGGAGAAGUUACAGAUUUUAAAUCAGAAACCAGCGUCAUGACGACGCCCAAUGGUGACCAGAUCUUUGUAAAGAGAAUCAAAUUUGUCAAAGUUCAGAUGCAGAACAGUCUGGAGUACCAGCAGGUGGAAUGUAGCCUUUUGGUGAAUGCAGCAGGAGCUUUUUCCGGUACGCUGGCGAAGACGUUGGGCAUUGGCUGCGGCACCAGAGACUCCAUUGCUGGAAUUCCAUUUCCUGUAGAGCCACGGAAACGGUACAUCUACGUGGUCCACUGUCCUGAUGGUCCGGUUCUGGAGACGCCCUUCCUCAUCGAUUACUCUGGAAUCUAUUUCCGAAGAGAAGGUUUAGGGGGGAACUACAUCACAGGCACCUCCCCGGAGGAGGAUGAAGAACCAGAUGUCAGUAAUCUCGAUGUGGACCACCAGUACUUUGAGGACAAAGUGUGGCCCAGUUUGGCCCAUCGGGUCCCUGCGUUUGAGAGCCUCAAGGUGACCAGCGCGUGGGCAGGAUUUUACGAUUACAACACCUUUGACCAGAACGCCAUCAUCGGCCUACACCCGUCCGUCGCCAAUAUGUACUUUGCCACCGGCUUCAGCGGUCAUGGCCUCCAGCACUCACCCAUCGUGGGCCGCGCCGUGGCCGAACUCAUCCUGGACGGAGAAUUUACAACGUUGGAUCUGAGCAGAUUUGGGUUCCAACGCAUUUUAGACCAGGAUCCCCUGCUGGAACAGAACAUAGUAUGACAAUGUGGCCCCCGUUUUCCGAAAUCCAGUGGUGGGCACAGCUAACCAAAAAAUUAGCUUCGAUAACAGCUAAACUGAUAAACCACCCAAAA